GGCACGCGUCCCGCUGGCGGUCGGUCGGCCGGUGCCGGUGGAGACCGGUACUCAGACGGAGGACGCGGCUGCGGCCAUGCCGCCGCCGCCCACCGAGCUGUUCUUCGGCAAACGACAGCUGCGCACUCUGACCGUCAAUGGCAAGGACUACAUCGUCAUGAAGCAGAUCGGCCGCGGUGGCUCCAGCAAAGUCUACCAGGUGUUCGACAGCGACAUGCGCUCGCUGGCCAUCAAGCAGGUGUUCCUGGAGAGCGCCGACGACGCCACGGCCAGCGGCUACAAGAACGAGAUCGCGCUGCUGCGGACGCUGCAGCACUCGGACCGCGUGGUCCGCCUGUUCGACUGCGAGCACCGCGAGGACCGACAUAUGCUCUACAUCGUGAUGGAGAAGGGCGACACGGACCUGACAGCCCUGCUCCGCUCCUACACCAAGCUCAACGAGGUGGACGCCAACAUGUGCAAGUUCUUCUGGGGCGAGAUGCUGCGCUGUGUUGACGUGAUACACAAGGAAGGCAUCAUCCACUCGGACCUGAAGCCGUCCAACUUCCUCAUGGUGGCCGGCCGGCUAAAGCUCAUCGACUUCGGCAUCGCCUCGCAGAUCCAGUCCGACUGCACUAGCAUUAUCAAGGACACCCAGGUCGGCACCUUCAACUACAUGAGCCCCGAGGCGAUCGAGGCGCAGCAGGUCACCCGUAACGGCUCCUCCCAGACCGCCAUCAAGAUCAGUCGCCGCUCAGAUGUGUGGAGCCUCGGCUGCAUCCUGUACAACUUCGUGUACGGCAUCACGCCGUUCGGCAACAUCAAGCAGGUUAUGGGCAAGCUGAUGGCGAUCAUCAACCCGAAGCACAGCAUCGAGUUCGGUCCGCUGUCAGACUGUCACCUGCUGACCGUGCUGAGGAGCUGCCUACAGCGGGACCCGUACCGGCGGCCGAGCAUCGACGAGCUGCUCAGCGACCCGUACCUGACCGGCUGUCGGUGUCAGUGCCAGCGGUGA